UGACUGCUGGUGAAUUUCAAGUCGUUUUGGCGCCUCCAGCAACUUUUUGAAAAUUCAAAUUUCCUAAAAGUAGCUGGCAGCUUCAAAACCAUUUGAAACCACCAUGUAGUCUGCGAAGUAAAUUUCAGCUUGCCAACUCCAUUUGAUAAAUUAAUGUAGGUGAAAUUUCAAGUUUCAAAAAUCUACUGGAGGCUCCAGUAAUUUUCAAAAAAGUCGAUUUGCAGUGUUCGCAGUGUUGAAAUAUUUCUGACUAGCAGCCAAUCAGAAACGAGAAUUGAGAAAGUGGGAAGCGCCCUUUGUAGCCAAAUGAUAAGAACGUGAGGGAAAACAACAACAAUAAUUAUUUUUAACAAAUUUUUCGACGAAUUUUUCUCAAUUUUUUUAAGGCAACGAAGCAAUAAAUUUGGAGACAAAUCUUAGUGUGACAGUGCCAAUUACAUUCUGCUUCAACUGCGCUAAUGUCAAUCAUAAUCUCAUAGUGUUUUUUUCGGUGAUUGCUGCCAUCUAAAUUCGGUUUCAUUAUUCACGAUUUGGAAGAAUGACUGCUCCGUAUGAAGAAAUAAAACUGGAUAUCCCCCCGAAUAAUGUUUUCGACACCAUGAACGAAUACAGAAAACAGAAUCUCUUUUGCGAUGUAACUCUCGAUAUCGGCGGUACUUUGUUUCCUUGUCAUCGUCUCAUUUUGACAAUCUCGUCUACGUAUUUUCAAGUCAUGUUCAAUGGAAAUUUCAAAGAAAGCAAUCUGAAAACUAUUCCCAUUCUGGACAUCGAUGCCGAAGUGAUGGAAAUUUUGCUGUCCGCUAUUUAUACCACGCGAAUUCGUUUGUUUCCCAAUAAUGUGUACUUCGUAUUAAAAGCGAGCCAUCUGCUCCAAUGUGAUAAGAUUUUCAACGCAUGUGUGGACUGCAUUAUCAAAAACACAACCGUAGCCCAUAUGCUUCACUUACCUGAAACAUGCGAAUUUGCAAAAACCAUAGGGGCUGAAGAAUUAUAUGAUGCGUGUGUAAGGAGGUUAGCGACGACCCUGAUAUUUUGGAGGAAAACUGACGGUUUCUUGGAUCUUUCGUACGAUGUAUUAAAAUAUUUACUAUCGAAAGUAAAAUCGACGAAGACAUUCUCGCAGCAAUUAUCCAAUGGUGUAAAUAUAAUAACAUCAGUGCGAAGGAUAUUAAGAUGCUCUUGCAAGUUCCUAUUUUUAGCAAACAACCGAGCUGGACAUCAGCAAUGGCUGAACUGAUGGUUGCUGGAAGAAUUGAAGAUAACAGUCAAAGUUUAGGAUGCGGAAUUCAAUUCAAUGAUGACGAUUUGAGCUUAAAUCUUCAUUUAAGUACUGUCGAUGUUAAAAGUGGAGCUAGAGGAUGGGGAUCACUGAAGGUAAAUGAGUCAUUUAAUAAAUACACACUAUCAAACUUUCAAGCCACGGAUAGAUCUUACAAGAGAUUUUGUACAAUUGGAACGAAGACUUACUGUUUAGAAUCGAAUUACUUCACCAGAAAAUUCAUUUUUUCUUGUUUCGAAGAUAAUGGUAGAAUAGAUUUGCAAGUGCCUAAUGAUCUUAAAUGUCGUAAUUCUGCUUACCGGUUGAUCGCAGUUGAGAAAAUGAUUUAUUUAUUUUAUGAAUAUUUUGCUACGUAUAUUUGGGUUUACCACUGUGAGUUAGACAAGUGGGAAAAUAACGUUGUUCAAGUAUCGUCAUUAUCGAAUUCAAAUCCGAGUGAUUACGUACGAUGGUCCGAUGUUACGUUUUUAGAUGGUGUUUUUUAUGUUGUUGGAUGUAAAAAUAACUCCGGGUCUGAUGAUAGAUAUAUUGUGACAAUCGAUUCUCUUGCUCCACUUCAGAUUAGAAAUUGUAUCGCAUUCCCAAAUCCUUUUCAACAUGAAAAUGCGGCCGUUUGUACGUUUGAUGGAAAAAUAGCGAUUUCAGGCUCCAAUCACGAUAGUACUUUGCAUAAUACCUAUAGUAUUUUUAAUGUCAAGGCUACAAAAUGGAGAAUGGAUCUGCAGCCUAUGAAUGAAGGCAGAGCUAAGCAUAAACUGAUUCAUCGUAAUGGGUUCAUCUAUGCUGUAGAAAAAAGGCCAUUCAUCAAAAAUGAGAAAUAUGAUAUAAAUUUGAAUACGUGGAUUGAGAUCCCAAAAUUGACGAAACGAGUUCAGUUCAUCGACGUUGAUGAUGUUAAAACUACAAUGGGUAUAUCCAACGUAAUCUACGCUGAAUCAAUUCCACUGUAGGAUUUGUAUUCCAGAAUGUAGACUGAGUAAUUUUAUACUAAGCAUAAAGAGUGGUUAUUUUUUUCAAAUUUCUUUGUUGUUACUUUGUUAUCCUUAUUUUUAUUGAGAUGCCACUUCUUGGUAUGCAAUAUUUUCUUGUAUUUUUGUUUGCAUGCUUGCUUUGAUUAUUAAAGGCAUACCUACUUUAUUCUUUUUAUUUUACCGCUUCAAUUCAGUUUUACCUAGUUUUAUCGUUCUGUUAAUUGUAUUUUGAAUAAAAUCUCAACUUUGGCAGUU